AUGGCCUUACACUUGUGCCUGAGAGAUGGAAGCAACUACACGACAAUAGUGAGAUUUGAACCCAGGCUCAUUGCACCAAGAUAUGCCCUUCCAUUGCCAACUGCGCUGCCCUUGCGGGAAUUUCACUCACAUUUUAUUAUAUCUAAAGAGCUUCCUCCGUCGUUCUGCAACGAACAAGAAAGCAGCGCAAGCUUCUCAAACGAAAAGGUAUACACAAUUCUCGACCUCCUGAGACCGAAAUACCUUCUCACCAUCUUCAUUUUCCUUGGAUUUCGCAGCGAAAGUCAGGAAAAGCGGAAAUCCGUGAAGGAGAAGAAGCUCAAAGAAAAAUCAAAUAUCACUCCACUCGUGACCAAGUACUGGUUCCAGAGGUACGAUCUAUUCUCCACAUACGACGUCGGCGUCAAAUUGGACGAAGAGGGUUGGUUUUCCGUCACGCCGGAGGAAAUCGCCGCCAGCCAGGGCCGCCGAUUCGCCGGUGCCGGUGUUGUGAUUGAUGCUUUCGCCGGUGUUGGAGGCAACGCAAUUCAGUUCGCGAAAGUGUGCUAUCAUGUUGUUGCCAUUGAAAUUGACCCAAUGAAGGUUGCCCUGGCAUCUCAUAAUGCUAAGAUUUAUGGUGUUCAAGAUAAAAUAGAUUUCGUAGUGGGAGAUUUUUUCCAGCUUGCUCCUUUCUUGAAGGGAGACGUGGUAUUUCUUUCACCACCUUGGGGUGGACCGUCAUAUAAGGCAAAAGAAAAUUUUACACUCGACUUAUUGAAGCCAAAAGACGGGUUUUACGCUUAUAAUUUAGAGAGCUUCAUUGCAUUCAAGUUGCCCAGGCGAUAACACCAAACAUAGUCAUGUUCUUGCCUCGAAACGUCGAUGUGCUCCAAGCAAGCGAGCUUUCAUGGCUGUCUUCUCCUCCAUUAGAUAUUGAGGUGGAAGAGAAUUUGGUGCAUGGUAGGUUGAAGGGAAUUACAGUCUAUUUUGGGGACUCGAAGCUGUGUGUGUAGCCACCAUUUGGUUGUCCCUUGUCAUAGAGGCUGGAGCACGACAGCCAGGGCACGAGCUUGAGCUUGUUCAAAAGCUUGUCUAACUUAAAAUGAAGAGCAUGAAGCAUUGACACUUGAUCAUGAAGCUCUUACGAUACUGUUCGAGAUUGAAUCAUUUGACAUUGAUAGAGAUUAAUUUUGUCAUCGGUGAAAGCAAAGACUCAUAAGCCAAGGUUAAUCGUACCAUUCGCACUUUGCUGAGAUUAAGUAUUAGGUCAAGUCCAUCCAAUUAAACAACACUUAUACGAAGUAAGAUCCUAUCUUAUCUAAUCCAUCGAACUGAACAACCCGGUAGGAUUUGGACCUAUUCCUUGAAUACAUGACCAUAUAUAUAUAUGUGUGUUGCCAAACUCAACAUAUCUCUGAAAUAGUACAAGGCAUCAUACCUAUAUCUCUCUCCUGCUAAGGAAUUCAAACUUUAUCUGUUGGAAUUUGUUUGCAACAAAUGUAUUCG